AUGCUCCCUUUCUUUCUUUAUGGCUCUCUUUCUUUCCAUCUUUUCUUUUUACUCAUUUUCAUUUUUUUCUUUUUUUUCGUUGUCCCUUCUUUCCUUCUUUCUUCCUUCCUUCCUUUCUUUUUAUCUUUCUUUUUUUUUAUUGCUUUCUUUCUUUCCACUCUUCUCUUUUUAAUAAUUUUCCAUGGUUCUUUUUUUCGUUCUCCGUUGUUUUCUUUCUUUCUUUAUUUAUUUCUUUCUUUUCUUUUCUUUUCCUUUCUUUCUUUCUUUCUUUCUUUUUUCUUUUCUUUCUUUACGGCUUUCUUUCUUUCCACUCUUUUCUUUCUAAUAAUUUUCAUUUAUUCUUUUUUUCGUUAUCCGUUCUUUCUUUCUUUCUUUCUUUCUUUCUUUCUUUCUUUCUUUCUUUUAAUUUUUUUCUUUUUUAUAACUUUCUUUCUUUCCUCUCUUUUCUUUUUAACGAUUUUACUUUGUUUUGUUUUUUGUUGUCCGUUCUUUCUUUUUUUUUCUUUUUUUCUUUCUUUUCUUUCUUUCCUUUUUCUUUCUUUCUUUUUUCUUUCUUUCUUUAAACUGUUUUGUUCCUUUUUUUCUUUCUUUCUUUCUUCCUUCCUUUCAUUCUUUCUUUAUUUCUUUCUUUCCACUGGGGUGAGGUGGAAUGUUUCCACUGCAUGGAUUGUCUCUUUGCCUUUGGCUCAAAACAUUCUUCUUCUUCUCCUUCCUCCUCAUCCUCUACCUCUUCUUCUUCUUCCUCCUCCUCCUCCUCUUCUUCUUCUUCUUCCUCCUCCUCCUCUUCUUCUUCUUCUUCUUCUUACUCAUUCUCCUCUUCUUCUUAUUCCUCCUCCUCCUCUUCGUUUUUUUGUUUCUCCUCCUCCCCUUCUUCUCAUCCCUUCUUAUUAUUAUUAUUUCUCCUCCUCUUCUUCUUCUUAUUCCCCCUCCUCCUCUUUUUCUUCUUAUUCUCCUCCUUAUUCCUCUUCUUAUUCUUCCUACUCUUCCUCUUCUCUUAUUCCUCCUCCUCCUUUUCUUUUUUUUUUUUUGCUUUUUCUUUUUCCUACUCCCCUCCUCUUCUUCUUUUUCCUCCUCCUCCACUUCUACUUCUUCUUCUUCUUCUUCUUUUUCCUCCUCCUCCUCCUCCUCUUAUUUUUAUUACUCUUCUUCCUCCUCCUCUUCUUAUUUUUAUUCCUCCUCCUCUUCUUCUUAUUUCUCCUCCUCGUCCUUUUCUCAUUCCUUCUCAUUAUUAUUAUUUCUCCUGCUCCUCUUCUUUGUAUUCCUCCUCCUCUUUUUCUUCUCCUUCUUCUUAUUCUUCCUACACUUCCUCUUCUUCUUAUUCCUCCCGCUCCUCCUCCUCUUCUUCUUCUUCUUCUUCUUCUUCUUCUUCUUCUUCUAUCCUCCUCCUCCUCCUUUCUUUUUCUGUCUUUCGAUGACAUCUUUUCUUUCAAUCUUCUUAUUCGUUAUCUCUACUUAUUCUUUUUUUACUCGUAUUUUUUUUUAAUUAUUUUUAUUCAGAAUUCUUAUUUCGCCUUCCAUUCUUUUUUUAUGCUUCUUCGUUCUUUUCUCCUUCAUAUACCCUUUCCUUCUUUGUCAUCCAUUGCUCGGCUUCUUCCUGUAUCGAAAAUUUAUGCCGAAAAAGGGGAGGUACCUACCUUUUUAAAACGUUCUUCCUUGUGUUUUGAUUAUCCGUAUUCAUUGUAUCUUUUCAUUCUUUUAUUCCUAUCUAUCAUUUGCUCGUCAGGCUUUCAGUCAUUUUUCUUUCUUUCUUUCUUUCUUUCUUUCUUUCGUUCUUUCUUUCUUUUUUCAAAAGUCGUUUUUGCUUUCUUAAUUUAUUAG